AUGGUUGGAGAAAAUUUGGAGGGGUGGAUAAGCGGAGUUGAUGGACAGGGUUUACAUAACCGGGGCUCCUCUUUAGCUGCUGCCCUGGAAAUUUUUGCUGGCUCACGACGACCCAAAGAAGAUACGUUUGACGGUAUUUGCUCGAUUGUUUUUUUUUUAGAAAAGGAGAAACGGAGAAAAAGGACUACAUACCUGUUGGAAGUCGAAACAAAAAUCCUGAUAUGGGACAAUAGGUGGUUGUGGGAUGCUGUUGAUGAUGGUGGUGUACAGUGA